UAAAGGUGCAACAUCAAGAAAAUUGGUAUAUGGUCAGGAUCUGGUCUUUAAUAGACAGAUUAAAUACUGACGUUGAAGGUUCGGAAGUAGUGCGAGGAGAGGCAAGUAGCAUCGCGACUGCUUCAAGAAGAAACCAAGGCAGGGUUAUUCCCUCAAUGGUUCAAAUGAAGAGGAAGGCCAUGGGAAAACGUGGCGACUUGAUUCCGAGGAAAGGCUCGGCAGAAUAUGGCUGCGCUGAAGCUGGGGCGAAGGAUGAAGGAAUGUGGGGUACGAAGAGGCUGCUGGAGAAGGAUGUAGAAGCGGCCAAAGUGCUCAAAGACAUGAUCAACCAGCUGGUUGAACUUGUCUGUAACACAGAGUCUUCGGUCCGACAACUGUAUACCGUCGGGUAUAUCAUAUCAGGAUUGUCAAUGGAGUUGAUGGUGAUGGACUCUCCAAAGGGUUACAGUUGUCGCAUCACAAGAUCCAAGCAAUACCAAGUUCCAAGCUCAGCGGAACAAGUCAAGAGCAAAUUGCUGCCUCUGAUGUCUGUCCUGAUUGCAUCGAAGUUGUUGGUCCUGAGGGUGAUGAAAAGAGUGGAAGGUCAUGGCGAUUCUAGCGCCGAAUUCAGAAGCUCAUUAGAGAACCCCUUUGUAACUGCUGAAUCGACUACUCCAUCAUCCCCAAAGCGCGAGACAAUCAUGCUUCCCAAUUGCAACAUAACGCCU